AUGGAGGCUCUCGACAGCUCCAAACGGCAAGGCCAUAUCAAAAUCGAGGAUGUCCCAGAAACCACUGCCCUGCCACCGUCGGAGAAGGGCAUCGAGGGGCCACCACCAACUCGGGAUCUGGCAUCACGAAUCCUCAACGUCGUCGAGAAGUACUGGCUGUUCGAGUUCUUCGGCUGGACGCUGGCGCUGGGCUGCUUGAUCGGCACGAUCGCGCUGCUGGCCGUGCACAACGGACACGAAGCGCCGACGUGGACGCUGCACGUGGGCGCCGGACGACACCGCAAAUCAUUUGACCUGACCAUCAACACCAUCAUUUCCAUCUUUGCCACGGCCUUCAAUUCGGGCCUCCUGAUCCCCGUCGCCGCCAGCAUCAGCCAGUUGAAAUGGAUCUGGUUCCAGAACGAGAAGCGGCCGCUGGCUGAUUUCCAAAAAUUCGAGUCGGCGGCUCGUGGACCCCUGGGGUCGCUUGUGUUAUUGUGGACGUUGCGUUGUCGACGUCUCGCGUGUCUAGGUGCCGUGAUCGUUAUUGCCGCCCUGGGGACUGGAUUCGCGUUCCAGGCAAUGGUGGUGUACCCCCUACAGCCGGUGCAGGUUGACAUUGCACGGAUCCCGCGCACGAAUCUGGACUGGGGCAGCAAUUCUCUCACCACCAGCAUCUCCAAUGACAUGGUCGGAGCCAUCUACUCGGGCAUCUACCAGUACACGGACCUGUCCGAGGUGAAGAACGUGUCGUGCCCGACGGGCAACUGCACGUGGCACGAAACGUACACGUCCAUGGCCGUGUGCAGCGCGUGCCACGACGUGACGGCCUCGUUGCAGAAAUCGUGCGGGACGCAACUGGUGCCCUCGCAGGAUGUCGGUGCCUCUGACAUCUCCCUCCCUUACUGCAACUACUCGCUGCCCAACGGGCUGACCGUGUCGGGCGUGCCGUCGGUCAAUUACUCGUCGAUCGACGUGUCGGCCAACACGACCAACGCGGUCCACUUUGACGGCGCCACGGCCCUGUCGGUGCUCUCGGUCAUCCAGACGCAAUGGGGCUACGGGGUCGAAGGGUGGGGGGACCUGGCGCCGGCGAGCGACAUCAACGGCAUCGCCACCAAGCAGGCCUUUGAGUGCGGCAUCUACUACUGCGUGCAAAAGUUCAACACGUCCGUGUCGCGCGGGCGCCUCAGCGAACGCGUCGUCGACACCUACUCGACCGGCAACUACACCUCACCGGGCGUGUACGCGCUGGAGCCGCCGACGUCCUUCACGAACCAGUCCGACCCGGCCAGCUACAUCCGAGUGUACCAGAGCAACAACAUCGGGGCGAUGCGGGAGUUUUUCGCCACGCAGUGGCAAGGCCAGGUCCUCAUGUCGGGGACGCCACCGACAAACACGCCGACGAGCGCGAUCGCGCUGUUUCUGUGGGCCCUGUUCUAUGAGCAGACGCCCCUCGUGCAGUUCCAGCGCAUGUUCGCCAGCCUGGCCAAAUCGCUCAGCGACACGAUCCGCUCGUACGCGUUCGUCACGGACGCCGUCCCCGCGGCCUUGGGCGCCGUGUACCAGGACCGCCCGCACGUGCUGGUGCGCUGGGGCUGGAUCGCCCUGCCGGCGGCGCUGCUGGGCCUGGCGCUCGUGCUGCUCCUCGGCACCAUGGCCAUGACGGUGCGCGAGCACACGCUGCUGUGGAAGGCGUCGAGCCUCGCGGCCUUUUCGCACCCCUUGACCAGCGACGCCCGCGCCGUCGUCAGCGACGUCCACAGCCCCCGCGAGGUGUUGCGCCUGGCUCAGAAGAUGGAUGUCAGGUGGGAGAAGACGGACCGCGGGUUCCGGCUGGUGGGGUGA